AUGCCUGAGCUUGAGGAAAUCACGUACUCGCGUGACGAGGCAAUUUCUGUCGUUCGAGAUUACUACAGAUUCCUUUGUCAAAUGUACUUGGACGAUUCGGACAUUGUCGAGCCUCCAGCAGGCGGUUGGCCGAAUAUCACCAUGGACAAACUUCAAGACUUAGACAAGACCGAAGAAGUAAUCUUACUUCUCCGCCACCUGCCCUAUACUCGCCCAGAAAGCUUAGAUACUGAGGCAGCUCCUUUUUGCAAGUUUGCGAACUGGAAUCUUAAUGCGAUUUAUCUCUCCUCUGGUCGUGCCACAGCUGAACACCUGAAGCUGGCUUCAGAGGGGGAUGAUUUCUACCAAGAAUCACCUUCUCAUGUCAUUGGACUCACGAGUGGAGGUCGAGACAACCCUGUAUUCGUACUCGACACUGAACUCGGUAUCAUACACUGGCCGCAGUGUCCAGGCGAGAUUAGACACAAUCCAUCCAAAGAGGACGUCGAAGAUGACCCGUACGACUAUGCGCCUGAAAAUGAAGCGGAGUGGAGAGCGGAUGCCCCAGCAUGGGCCAUCACAGACUUCUUCGAGCUUCUCAAAGAUCAAUUCCGGGAACAACAUUUCAUCCCUAUCAGCCCGAGAAGAGUCAUCAACGUUUACACUCACUUCGGCCUCGAUUCAGACGGCAUGAUUCCAAUGCUGCAAAACAUCUAUCGCGAACGUGGAUGGCCAAACUUGGAGCGCUACCGAAAGCAAGAAUGUCUGGAAGCGGUCCAAAUGGCACUUGAGCAAAGGUACCCUGAUCAUGCCGACUUUCGCUAA